UCGCUGUUAAAGAACUGUGAAGUUCCAGACAAAAAGGUUGACAGCGCCGUGUCGGAGGACGGGGGCGUGAACUGUUACAUAAAGGCUAUGUGAGCCUCAGACGCUGCUGUCACACGGAUUUAGAACAAGGACGAUGGCUGUUUCCCUGCUCCGACUGGGACGACUCGGCUGUGUGCAGUGUUUGCAGGCUCAGAGCUGGAUUACUCUGAGCAGAGCACCUUCAGCUGUAGCCUACAGCUCAAAAUUUGGUGGAUCCAAGAAGUCAUCGAAAAAGAACUCGGACAAAACAUCACCUAAAACAUACUUCGAUAUAGAGAAACUUGUCCAGCACAAGCAGUAUGCACCAAGUCCAAAAAAACAAGUUUCUCCAGCCGCAGCUGCUGCAGCAGCAGAAAUGGCAGCUGCACGUAAACCAGCAGCAGAGUCGACUGCUGCUGCACCAGAAUCUGAGGUAACCAAGCCUGCAGUGGAAGACACCGGUCCUGGGAUUCCAUCUGCUCCAAGCACUGAAGCCACACCUGCUGUUGAAGCAGUGACUGAAGCUGCAGCAGAGGCUAGAGAUGUUACCAAACCGACACAGGUGGUAGAAGGUGUAGUAGAAGCUGCCCUGGCGGCUGAAUCUGCACCUGUGACUGAUGUUGUCAUUGAAGCCGUCGCUGAAAUUGCACCUGUAGCUGAAGCUGUUGUGGAAGCUGCCCCGGUGGCAGAAACGGUUACAGAAGCGGUCACUGAAGCUGUUGCUGAAGUUACGCCUGUGGCUGAAGCGGUCAUGGAAGGUGUUGCCAGAGCUGCACCUGUGGCUGAAGCGGUCACGGAAGCCGUCGCUGAAGCUGCACCUGUGUCUGAAGUGGUCACGGAAGCUGUCACCGAAGCUGCACCUGCGACUGAAGCGGUCGCAGAAGUUGUCGUGGAAGCCAUCGCUGAAGCUACACCUGUGGCUGAAGCGGUUGCAGAAACUGUCAUGGAAGCUGUUGCCAAAGCUGCACCUGCGGCUGAAGCGGUCGUGGAAGCCGUCGCUGAAGCUGCACCUGCGUCUGAAGCUGUUGCCGAAGCUGCACCUGCGUCUGAAGCUGUUGCCGAAGCUGCAUCUGCGGCUGAAGCUGUUGCCGAAGCUGCACCUGCGGCUGAAGCGGUCACGGAAGCCGUCGCUGAAGCUGCACCUGUGGCUGAAGUGGUCGCGGAAGCUGUCACCGAAGCUGCACCUGCGACUGAAGCGGUUGCAGAAGUUGUCGUGGAAGCCAUCGCUGAAGCUGCACCUGUGGCUGAAGCGGUUGCAGAAACUGUUGUGGAAGCUGUUGCUGAAGCUACACCUGCGGCUGAAGCUGUUGCUGAAGCUGCACCUGCGGCUGAAGCGGUCACGGAAGCCGUCGUUGAAGCUGCACCUGUGGCUGAAGUGGUCGCGGAAGCUGUCACCGAAGCUGCACCUGCGACUGAAGCGGUUGCAGAAACUGUCGUGGAAGCUGUUGCUGAAGCUGCACCUGUGGCUGAAGCUGUUGCCGAAGCUGCACCUGCGGCUGAAGCGGUCGUGGAAGCCGUCGCUGAAGCUGCACCUGUGGCUGUAGCAGUCGCAGAGGCUGUCGCCGAAGCUGCACCUGCGGCUGAAGUGGUCGCAGAAACUGUCACCGGAGCUGCACUUGCAGCUGAAGUGGUCGCAGAAGCUGUUGGGGAAGCUGUCACCGAAGCUGCACCUGCGACUGAAGCGGUUGCAGAAACUGUCGUGGAAGCUGUUGCCGAAGCUGCACCUGUGGCUGGAGCUGUUGCCGAAGCUGCACCUGCGGCUGAAGCGGUCGUGGAAGCCGUCGCUGAAGCUGCACCUGUGGCUGUAGCAGUCGCAGAGGCUGUCGCCGAAGCUGCACCUGCGGCUGAAGUGGUCGCCGAAACUGUCACCGGAGCUGCACUUGCAGCUGAAGUGGUCGCAGAAGCUGUCAGGGAAGCUGUCACCGAAGCUGCACCUGAAGCGGAUGCUGAAGCCGUUGCUGAAGCUGCACCUGUGGUUGAAACUGUCAUUGGUGAAGCUGCACCAGGGAUUAAUCUUAUUGUUGAUGCAGCACCGCUGACUGAAAUGCCUUCAUCUUUCACUGAAGCAAGUGCUGAAGCCGCUGCUGAAGGAGCUGACGCCUUGGUGCCAGGUGCUGAACCACUGCUCGAUGUUGUAGCUGUCCCAGAAGCUGCAGUAGAUGUAGCACCAGGUCUUGAAUCUUCCCCAGCAGAGCCUUCUACUGAUCUCACAUCUUCUGGUCCAACAACUGAUUCUCAAAUUCCAGUUGAAACUGCAUCUGAAACCCCCGCUACAAAAACUGCACCAGAUGUGGAAGCGGCCUCUGCUGAAGCUGAAGUCACUGCAGGGCCACCAGAAGGUCAAGAUGCUGCAGAGCCUGUUGCUGAAGCUGCUGCAGAGUCUGUAGAAGCUGAAGUUACCCCUGUGGAGAGUGCUGAAAAGCUAGUUGACCCUGUUCCAGGUAUAGCUGAAGCUGCAAUAGAGACUCUGCAGAUGGAGGCCCCAGCUGAUCCUGAACCAGCUGAAUUGCCUGAGGCUCACAUUGACCCGGUGAAGAAGCUGUUCCUGGAUGCCAUUUGCGAGUAUUCCACAACAAGCCAGGCUACAGGAGGGUUAGCCAGUGCAGAUCCAGAGUACCAAAAGACCCUUGCAUAUGAAAUAGCAAAGCUGCAGAGACUCUACGGAGGUGGAAAUCUUGAAUCUUUCCCAGAGUUCAAGUUCUCAGAGCCCAUAUUUGAAGAAGUCACCCAGAAGUGAACAUCAGCACUCCAGAGAUGGACUUUCUGAGUUUCCUUUACAUCAGUGUUUCAUAAUGGAAGAUUAACAUAAUAAAUAAUAACAUGCC